AUGGACUCUCCUAAUGGCCAAUCCGUACUUAGCUCAAGAAGGGGCCUGAAUCUCCGUCCAAUUCAGACAAAUAUCAAUAAUCCUAAUGUCCGUCCAAAACGGCCUCCUCGCCCUGAUGACGAGCUCACCCCGGAGGUGGCCACCGCGGCGCGACUUCCUCUCAAGCCGCAAGCUUCAAAGUCAUCUUUAAAGAGCCUGUUUUCACGUAAUAAGGCGAGUCGCCGUUCCAAUCAUGAACACACCCUUCCGGCUAUUGCAGAAUCACAGAAGACAAUGGGCGCGAACAUAAUACCACCCAUUAGCCCGUCGACAACUCCAAUGACGCCCAAAUCUUCAGCAACUACAUCUUCACCUUUAGUGGGCAAACCAGGCGCUAUCAAUCCUUCACAGGCUUCCAAGUUCUCAAAAGAGAAAGGCCAGAAACUGCACAGAACAAUCACCGUCUGGGACCCACCACCUCUUUUCCAAGCAUAUCCCCAGGCAAUCAAACAAGGCACGCUUCCUGCCCCAACACUCUCCGCAGGACCUAUUUUACGAAUAAAGGGCCACCGAAGAAAUAGUAGUGUUAAAGACGACAUUUCAGAUGUUGAUGCCGACGAUGAAAGGGUCUCCUCAAGGGCCUCUAGGAAGCGGAAAGAUGAAAAGCACAACAAGCAUUCACGCAAAGCUUCUGCUUCUAUCAGCAAAUCGGACUGGACCCAGAAAAUUUUCAUUCUAGUCACGAGCGGCUAUCUUUUACAGUAUGCCGGCGAUGGCAGCUUCGAUCGCUUACCUGAGAAAAUGAUGGAGCUUGGGAAAAACUCGGUGGCAUUUGCGAGUGACGCGAUUCCAGGCAGACACUGGGUGCUGCAAAUUUCACAAACACUUGAAGAGGAUGGAACCGUGUCUUUGGAUACGAAGAAGACUUUUCUCUCUCGGUUUGGAUUUGCAGAUUCCCGAAGACAGGCGAAGACCUUACUCUUGGUUUGUAAUGACCCAGCCGAAAUGACAUCUUGGCUUUCAGCUGUGAGACGGGAAAUCGAAGCUUUAGGCGGGAAAGAAUACACGCCCGAAACACCGAUGGAAGAAACGUCUCAGGAUUCUCAGCAAUCCGAAAAGAAGCUCAUUCGGCAAUCUGUGGUACCUGACAAAAAACAAUCACCACCUAUGAACGUAGCAAAUCCGGGAUCCGCGGAAGCCUCUCCAAAGGUUUCAACGCCAAAUCCCAACGAAGAGCAGAAGCCAGAAGGUGACAAACCCGCCGAUGAAGCAUCACUAAAAUCCCUAAAUAGACGAUCGAUUCGCCCACAAUCUGUCGAAGCUCCUUCACUCUCGACUACUGGGACGGUUACAGAUCUAGAUCGAUUACGGGAGGGAUCAAGGUUAUCUUACGUUUCCAUCGGGACGAGGACUAUACCAAGCUCCAGGGGUUCUUCUCCAGGCCUAUCUCCUGUUAGACCAAAGGAUGUUACCACUAUGUCUCCAUAUGCUGAUUCCCCACCUAGCGUUAGGAGUACAGUUGCGGACUCCAGCAGCACACACAAAUCUAGUCAUGCGUAUUCCUCAAUGCUGUCCGAAGAUAAUGGCACAGACACUCCCAGCGCAGCUCGCCCACUGUCAACUGUUGGCCCAUUAAUAUCCAGAAGUACAUCUCCUCCCAAUUUCAGCGUGCCAGUGUUCAGCAAAAGAUUUUCAGCAACACAUUCUGGCGCAUCCCCAUCGUCUAGGAAAUUUUACCACACCUCUCCUCCCGACUCGCCGCGCAUCAUCAUGCCGGGCACUCGCCAUCGCCAUCGCUUUUCUGGUCUGGAUGACUCUGUCGCACCUUCGCAAUUAUCAACCGGUCAGGCGGAUUCGAAGCAGUCGUUGAAAGACCCAACUAAUUCCCAACACCCUGCUCCUUUCAUAUUCGACCCAGAACCCCCCUCGCGCACCUCUGUCUUGCCAAAGCCAAGGGAGAAAAAAGCAAGACGGUAUUCGUCUUUCGAGUCGACUCGUGGUACUCACAGUGUAUCCUCAGACUAUCGCCCACAACUUUCACCAGUGAUGAACGAUAGUAGUGAAGAGGGAGGGAGUAAAGGCGAUACGUUCUCACAUCGCAAUCCACCGCAAACAUACAAGCAAACCAACUACGUGCUUCCAAAGGCUAACAAUGAAGUACGACAACUGCGCCGACCAAUGAGCCUGCAGAUUGGAUCCGAAGCCCGCCGCCGGGCAGAGGCAAUUCACCCACCACCCACCACUACUACCACCCAUCCGCACUUUCCAUCCCCUGACACUCGAUCUCCUUAUCGUCGAAAUCGAGCCAGUUUAGCCCACCAAGAAAUAAUAAGCGCCACUUCACCCCCGGCUCACUACUCAUCAGAACCCGACCCAAGCCCCCUGCAGAAGAGCACAUCGAAUUUAUCCGUCCGCCCACCCGUCGCUCCUCCGCCGGAUUUCCCGCUGCCAAGAGUCCCACGCAGAGUCUCAUCGCACUUCAGGCCAGCAUGGCAUGAUCAUCAACAACAUACAUUGAGGCCCGCGCGUGAAUCUGGUAUCCCUCGAUCCAGAACAGGGCCAGAUGGGCAAAGAAAUACCCAUACACAAAUUGUGCCUGUUGAUCUGCGGGACAUUGAGAAUUCGCCGCAACUGAGCGGGAUGACAGCGAAGGAGUAUAGUAUGGUGAAUGCGUUCUAG